AUGUUUCCAAUAAUUCCGCAUCAUGUUGUAAAGUCAGUGUCUCCGUGUGAGGAAAAGUGCUACAGAUUUUCCACUUUUCCCGGAAGAUCACGCGUGGGGGGUGGAAAUGCCGUUAAGGCGGGACAUUUUGUACCGAGGAAUUGUACAUCUAAAUCAUUCAGUAUCAUCCAAGCGCCCAAUUUCGACGUGAAGACGACGAGUUUUGAUGUUGUGGCAUCAAAAGGGCACCUCCAGCCCACGGAUAAAUCCCUGACCAGCUCAGGUGGAUGGAUUCGGAUGUUGCAGCCUGCGAAGGAUGUUCACAGCAGCAAUAUUGUUCUUGAACUCACGGAUGGGGGUAGUUGUGUUAAUCUGCGCACAACCAAGAACAUCAGUCAAGGGGAAGAUCUUCAGUUGUGGUUUUCCGAGGAAAUCUUGGCAUUUAUGCAAAUCCCCUUCUUGUCUCCCAUUAGCAUUCAAGGUCAAAAUCGCUACACCUGCCACAUUUGUGAGCGUGUCUUUGAGGAUCCAAACCCACUGAAGAUUCACCUGGCAACAUUUUGCGAAAAGCAUCCAGUGGAUAUUCUGUGGAAUCGCCUCAACUUCAUCCUCACCUCCAGCUUUCGAUCUUCCCCACCUUCACCUCCUGCCAAAACACCCCUUCCCACGGCCACAGAUACAUCAACCACAGGGAGAUUCUCAGCUUUUCGUCCAGUCCCAUCCUCCCCACGCUUGGAGCCACCUUCCCCACCUCCCUCGGCAGCAGCAGCAGCAGCCCACCUUGAGACAAUUGUCAGCAACAUGGGAUCCUCAAAAGCGGGUCACAUUUGCGUCUACUGCGGGAAGCUCUAUUCCCGGAAGUACGGCCUUAAGAUUCACAUCAGGACGCACACGGGCUUCAAGCCACUCAAAUGCAAAUUCUGCCUACGCCCCUUUGGGGAUCCGAGUAAUCUCAAUAAGCACGUCAGGCUCCAUUCUCAGGCAAAUUCCGUCUACAAAUGCCACAUCUGUGAUAAAGUUCUCGUCCGACGGAGGGAUCUACAGCGUCACAUCCAAUCCCGACAUUGUGCUGAAUCUCAGGAAAUCUCCGUUACAAUGAGUAGCUCAUCCAGUAGUGAAGAUCUCACCAAUAUCUGA